AUGUCGGAAAAUCAAGAUGUUCAUCCAUACCAACUCCUCGACAUUGAUGAGCGAGUCAAACGUGUGCUAGUCAACACGCCGCUUGCCGAUGGACACAACGACCUUCCUCAGCAGCCACGAUGUUGCUUCAAAGGCAAGAUACACAAUAAUCCCAAAUUCGAUCUUGAAAAGGGUUUCCAGCGUGGCAUGACCGACUUGCCACGCCUGAAGANNAAAGGUGCUGUUGGCUUACAGUUCUGGUCAAUCUGCGUACCCCAUCUUCGUGGUUCUGAGGACUUUGCUUUGCCUAGAUAUAACGAUAUGUGUCGCGAUGCGAUUGAACAGAUUGAUCUGUCCAUUCGGAUGGUUAAGCAAUAUCCCAAAGAUUUUGAACUUGUCUUUGGGCCAGACAAUGUCAGGGAUGUAUAUCAACAGGGAAAGAUUGCUUGCUCGAUUGGUUUGGAAGGAUUGCAUCAGGCUGGAAACUCGAUCAGUGUUAUUAGAGCUUAUCAUCAGCUGGGUGUGCGCUACGUGAGUAGAUCCUUCUGUCAUGGCGUAUUUGUGGCUAACGGAAUAGNNUGCACCAUGACGCAUGUCGAAAACAACGCUUUCGCCGAUUCUUCCACGUCCAAAGUAGGGCCGGUCCAUGGUGGGCUGUCGAGUCUUGGUAAAGCUGCAAUCAAGGAGAUGAACCGUCUAGAUCUUUCUCACGUUUCAUCAGAAGCAGCGGAACAAGCACUUAAGUGCACGAUCGCGCCAGUUAUGUUCUCUCACAGUAACGUUCAAGGCGUCUUCAACUGCCCCCGGAACGUGCCAGAUUCUGUACUUGACCUUGUGCCUGCCAACAAUGGUAUAGUGAUGGUUACUUUCGUGCCAGAGCACCUUGCGGCUAGAAGAUCUCAAGCUACCAUGGAUAUGCUUUUGGACCAUCUGUUUUACAUUGCCAACCGCAUCGGGUGGGAGCACGUUGGCCUUGGAUCAGACUUUGAUGGCAUCGCAUCAGUCAUCCCUGGUCUGGAGGAUUGCUCCUGUUUCCCUGGAUUGUUGAAGGCAAUCCUGGACCGAGGAGCCACCGAACAGCAGCUCGCAAUGGUAGCUGGAGAGAACAUCCUUCGGGUAUGGACAGAGGUCAUGCAAACUGCUCAGCGCAUGCAAGAGGAAGGAGUCACUCCUGUAGAGGACGUUUGGGAAGGUAGAGAGUUUUGGAGGUACGAUGGGUUCUAUCAGAUGCCCGAUCCUGACCCUGAGGAUAAACUCGGGCUUGAUUGGUAUGGAGUCAAGCCUCCAGAAGAGGGCUUGUAUCAUGAGGAGUGA